UCAACCAAAAAGAAUCAGAAGUAGAAAGGAGUACAUGGAAGAAUUAGUAGAAUUAAGUGUAUGGAGGAAGUGUACGAGAAUAAAAAGAACAUUGAAGAAGUGCAUGGUAGAAGUGUAAGGAAGUGGAAGUGCAUGAGAGAAGAAACAAAAGAAGUAAUAUAUGUGAAUGAAGUGAGAAAGGGAAGAAGAUACACUCCCCCCCCCAUCCCUUCCCCUCUUUCAAUAGAGAAUCCCGAUCCAAAGACUACACAGACUGUGACAGACGGUCGACAAAUGGGUGACUCCCGACCUCAAGUUCAGGUUCAAGUUCAAGAGGCUGUCAAUCGAUUACAGGUGAAUAAAUCUGAAAUUGCCAACGUCUUUAACACGCAGCCUUAAUGGAGGACUGGCAGCUCACCCCUUCACAACUAUGAGAGAGAACAUUGCCGGCAUUAAAGUGUUGUGUGUAGAGGGUCGGUAGUAAGACAUACGGGAGGUGCUUCAUCAUCUUCGUCCUCAGAAGACGUCGAUACCUUCCAUUAGUGGAGAAACAGAAGAGGACAUAUGGCAGCUCUCUCACCCCCUCACGCUCAACCACCAAACGAUCCAGACUUGGAAGUGAAAGUAAAGAAAGCCUUGGAGCGAGUGAGUGAGAACAUUCACAUAUCAGCCAAUGAACCAUCCCUUGCAGUGUACAGGCUUCAGGAACAUGUUCGCCGAGCUCUGCCACCAACAGUAUCUCGUAGGCAGCACGUUACUGCUCUUCAUUCCCAGCUUCAAGGGGCAUGUUACGAUGUCGAAUAUGCCCUCAGUGCGGUGCGUACUAUGAAUGGUGCUGAGGAGAAAUUCACCUCGCUCCAGGAGCUGCUGAAGAGUGCAAUAUUCCAUCGUCAACAGCUGAAGUAUGAACAGACACGCAGGAAGCAACGAGAACCAAGUAUGUACAAGCGUCUCUCCUCUCACAUCACAUCAAUUGACCUCCCAGACUUACCCGACUUACCAGAUGCCUUCAGGGAAACUGCCUCCCGAGUUGAGUCAGCUUUGCAACAUGCGCGGAGCUCUUAUGAGAAUCACACUCGUAAGGAGAGAGAAAGGGGAGAUAAAAAGAUUGAAACUGAAGAUGAGGAUGAUGAUGAGGUGACGGAGGACGACAUGAGUUAGCAAUAUUAGUAGUUCUUAGAAGAUAUUACUGUACCUCAGUGUCAUCUUGUCCUGCUGUAAUGAUUUUUAUUAGUGGUAAAUGAUUAUUAAAUAAGGUUUUAGUUACAGGAAAUAAAUCAUAUAAAAUA